AGGGCACCACACCUCCAGCGUACCUCGGGAUCUCGCGCAUGCGCGGUGAGGCCAAGGCGCUUAUGUGGGGACCUCGCCUCAGGUGUCUGCUGUCCGGCCUGACUCGGACCUGAACGUUAGCGCCACCUGCACUACGGUGGCAGACGCGGGCGAGGUGCUGAGGAGACAGCCUUUAGACUUACUUUAAAUCUGGAGUCCUCCUUGGGAAGCGGCGUACACCGCCCCGCCCUGUCCGCCGGCUCCUUGUGGUCCAGGUACAGCGCUGGGAACCGGUUACUAAGGAACCGAAGACCCCCGGGCGGCGUGUGCUGUGCGGUAUUACCGCCCCUCACGGAGUUUUGUUUUCUGCAUCACGGAAACCCAGUCCUGCUGUCCAGGGAUUUGGCCGCUCUGAUCGACUCCCUGGAACCCAGAAGGAACCGGCCCUGUCCUGGGCUGUGUCGUGGGCCGGCCUGUGCUGACCCGGUCACAUCCCCCGUGUCGUCAUCCUGCGCCUCCGGGAAGCCCCCCUUUCUCUUCCCCAAAUUCUGCGAGGGGGCGUGGAGUAACCAUAGGCUUUCUCGCCCUGAGACUGCUGUGGUUAGUACAUACCGGCGGCAAAGAUGCCUGGGAAAAGGUCCCUAAACGCCGCAGUCAUCCGGAGUGCCAAAAGGGAACGGAAAGCAAUCACCCUCGACGUGAAGUUAGAAGUGUUAAGACGGUUUGAAGUGGGUGAGAAGCUCAGCCAGAUCGCAAAGGCCUUAGGCCUUGCUGUCUCUACAGUGGCGACCAUCAGAGAUAAUAAAGACAAAAUCAAAGCGAGUUCACAAAUAGCCACUCCUUUGAGAGCCUCCCGGUUGACUCGUUACCGAAGUGCAGUCAUGGAGACCAUGGAGCGGUUGUUGCGUGUGUGGCUCGAAGACCAGAGCCAGCGAAACGUGCCCCUGAGUGUCACCAUUAUUCAGAAGAAGGCCAAGAGUUUGUUUGAUGACUUACAGCGUGAGCAAGGUGAAAGCUCUCAAACAGAAAAGUUUACUGCAAGUAAAGGGUGGUUUGUGAGAUUCAAGGAACGCCACUGUUUGCCCCACUUCAAGAUGAACAUCUCAGCUCCUGCCAAGGAGGAUGAAUAUCCAGAAAUACUGAAGAGCAUCAUUCAGGAAGAAGAGAGAGCUGAGCCAGGAUUUAAAUCAUCCAAAGAUCGCUUGAUGCUGCUUCUUGGUGGCAACGCAGCUGGGGACUUCAAGUUGAAACCCCUAUUGGUGUACCACUCAGAAAACCCCAAGGCUCUGAAGGGGUACUCCAAGCCCAAUCUGCCCGUGAUUUGGCGCUCAAGCAGAAAGGCCUGGGCAACCAGGAGCAUCUUUCAUGAAUGGUUCACGUACUUUUUUUGCCCUGCCAUUGAGAAAUACUGUGCCCAAAACAACCUGACCAACAAAGCCCUGCUCAUCUUAGACAAGGCACCAUGCCACCCAGUCAAUCUGAGUGAUCUGUCUGAUAAUGUAAGAGUGGAAUAUCUUCAUGACAGCACAGCUGACUCGAUCCAGCCCAUGGGUCAAGGUGUAGCCUCUGCCUUCAGAGCUCAUUACCUAAGAAGGACUUUUGAGCACAUCCUAGAAGCAACAGAUGGGGAGGAUACAGCAGAGAUCAGGGAGUUCUGGAGAAACUACAGCAUUGUGGACGCUGUGGACAACAUCGCAGUAGCCUGGGGAGAGCUCACACCAGCAACAAUGAACAGUGUGUGGAAGAAGAUUUGGCCUGAGUGUGUUCAGUUCCAGAGUGCUUCCCAAACAGAUGGCAUUGCACAGCUUCAACAAGAUAUUGUGAUCCUUGCCAAGAGUGUGGCUGUUGGAGAGGUGGGAGAAGCUGAUGUGGACCAGCUGCUGCAGUCCCACGAUGAGGGUCUCUCAAAUGAGGAGCUGAUGCAGCUAGAGCAGGAGCCCGCAGGAGAGGAGGAGGAGGGUGAAGAGGCUGCCCCUGCCCUGCACCAACUAACCACACGGGAGCUGUCAGCAGCCUUCUCACAUUUUGAGACCGGCUUGCAGGUCCUUACCAGUAACAGCCCUGAUGCCACGUGGAAACUGCAAGUUUCAAGAGCAAUCAAUGAUGCAAUAAGCUGCUACAGGGAGCUGUACAGUGAGAAGGAGCGGCGCUCCAAACAGCUCUCCUAGGCAACCUCGGUACACAACACACUCCAUGGCAGGAAGACCAGACACAACGGGCAACCUCCUGGGUGACACCUGGCCAAGUCUCGGCUUCCAGAUGUUUAACAUCCUUGAAAACCCUGCUUCUGGUACGUUCAUUGUGGCACUAAAGAGCAUCACAUCUUGUUACUGAAACUGUGCUUAAAUAUGUGCUUUAAGAAGACUGAAAGAAAAUCCAGGAAGAGUUAUUUAAAACACACAAUGAGGAGACCAGCCCUGCUAGACAUUGAAACACACUAUAAAACCUGUGAUUGAAUCAAAGAGGUACUCAAACAUGUAGAAUACAAUAGAGAGUCCAGAAGUAGAUACAGAUAGGUGUGUUUUUUUUUUUUUAAUAGUGCAGGACAGCUAGAUAAAAUUUGGCAAAAGCUAGUUAGUUCACACCUCACAGCAUACACAGGAAUAAACAAACAGACGAGGGAUUUGAAUGUAAAAGCUGAAACAAUACAGGUGCUACACAACCCAUGGAUAUAUGCCUCUUCCCCAUGGGUGAUCAGGAAGAUCUUCUGUAACUCAAAGUCCAGAUGAAAUUUAAGAUUAAUCAAUUUGAUGAUAUGAAAAUGUAAUAAAAACUUUUCCAUGAGGAUAAAACACUACAGAGUCAAAGGCAAACAACACACUGGAAGAAAAUUUCUCACAGAUAAUGGGUUAAUAUCUCUGAUAUGUGAAGAACUCUUAAAGAUUGAGAAGAAAAUACAAAAACCCCAUAGAAAAGUAAACAGAAGAUAUAAUUCAUAAGCAAGUAAAUUAGCUCUUCAAACAUAAGAGAAGUGCAGAUGAAACAACACUCAUACCAUUUCUCAUUAUUCAGAUCAGCAAUAAUCAAAAGUAUGGCUACACACCACUGGUUAGGCUGUGGGGUCACAGGCACCCUCGUUCACUGCUGGUGGGAACACAAACUUGUACAUCCCUUACAGAGGAGCAUCAAGCACUAAUACAAAAUAUAUUUAUUUUGAUUUAACAAUCCCACUUUUAGGAGGAUACAUUUCCAACAAAAGAAAAUACAGAUGCAUGAAUUUUGUUGCAGCCUUGUUUGCAACUGCAAAACCUAGGAAAUAGCCUGAAGAGUCUCAUGAUGUAAAAAGUCAAAUAUGAAAUGGCGCUUGCACACAAUGGAGAGUUAGACAGUUGUAAGUGAUGAUAACUACAAUAAUAAGAGAACAAGGAAGAACUCAACUGAUGUGGAGUGGUUUCCAAGAUAUAUUGUUAAGAGAAAAAAAGCAACAUCAGGAGUAAAGUAUGCUACCUUUUGUGGAAGGAAGACAGGGAAGUGAGAAAAUAUGCAUACAUUGUACUCAUUUGUACAGUAAGAAACAAAGGUGGGAGAAAUCAGACUAAAGAGAUUGGUUCCAGGGGUGGGAUGAGAUGUAACUUUUGUACCUUUUGUGAAGUUCUGACUUUGGGGACCAUGUUAAUAUACUGCACAAACAAAAGUAAACAAGGAUGGGAAAAUAAAGCAGUGGACUACCUGAACAGAACCAUAUUUCACAGGAACUGCACAGCCACAAUGAAGAAGCAAAAGCAAGUACUUUUUGACUGUAUGCCCUCAGGCUAUAGACACAUAUUAAAGGCUCAUGAGUAGCCUUGUUUCUCACCAGCAUAAGUGAGCAGUCCCAAAGGUGCUUUCUAUGCACUGUCGGACUGAGCAAAUACGUGUACUCUGGAUAAGGGAGCCAGCUUUUUCACUCACUGUCGAGCAAGGAAAUAAUAAACAUGAAAAAGGGAAA